CUGUCAAACGAUAAAAAUUAAGUAAAAAGUAAUGAUAGGCAAGAUCUCUGGUUUCCUCGCUGCAUGAUUAUAAGAUUACCUAACCCAAAUACCUCGGAUAAAUGUGGAGUUCACCUAAUGGUCCAAUGCAAAUAGUCUCUACUAGUAGAUUCUCUGGGUGUCCGGAAAAUCUCACUACUAUUUAUUUAUAUUGUGAGUAAACAGGGUAAUGAUCUGUAGCUUAAGCUUCCAUGGAUUUGAUUCAGCUCAGAUACUAAGAGCAGAAUCAUCCAUGUAGAGGUUCUCCCAAAGAAUGCUGGUGAAUCAAGGUGGUACAGGGGGAGGAUUGUAUAAGUAUGAAAAGUUUUUAGAUUUAGAUUUGAAUUUGAUUGUGUAAGUUUUUUCUAAUAUUUUGAAUCAUAUUCUAUAAUUUAUUGUCAGAAACAAAUAAAUUGAAAAGAAUUUUAAAGUACAAAAAAGAUCAGUCUUGACAAUUACCAGAGUCUUUUGGUUAGUUUAGGGGGUAAGUUGUCUACCCAUCAACUACCAGCAGUUAAAGCCCAAAUUCCUGCAAGGCAAGGAAAGGGUGUAGUACUGAAGUAGCGAAGGCAGAGGUGGAGCAUUUGUGAGGGUUUGAGCUGAGUUCAGUGAUGGCAGGGGGAGGGUUUGUGAGCAACAGCGCCCCCCUGAGGCACUAUGAGGGCGGGAUGACUGUUUUUGUGCUGGUAAGUUGUAUAGUUGCUGCAACUGGAGGACUAAUCUUCGGCUAUGACAUUGGAAUUUCAGGGGGCGUAACAUCUAUGGCGCCGUUCCUGAAGAAAUUUUUUCCGUCGGUAUUUAGAAAGGCAGCCACUGCCAAGGGCAAUGACUACUGCAAAUUCGACAGCCAGAUUCUGACCGCCUUCACUUCCUCGCUUUACAUCGCUGGACUGGUUUCUGCCCUGUCGGCAUCCUCUGUGACCAGGGCUUUUGGCCGUAAAGUGUCGAUGGUAACAGGGGGGCUCAGUUUCCUCAUAGGAUCAGCCCUUAACGGAGCUGCAGUAAACGUUGCAAUGCUCAUAAUCGGGCGUAUUAUGCUGGGAUUCGGCGUAGGCUUCGCAAAUCAGGCAGUUCCCAUUUAUUUGUCGGAAAUGGCGCCGCCCAAAUGGAGAGGCGGUCUGAACACAGGAUUCCAGUUAUUCAUAGGAAUCGGCGUUCUGACGGCGAAUUUGAUCAAUUAUGGAACAGCAAAAAUCGACGGGUGGGGGUGGCGGCUUUCACUGGGAUUGGCAGCAGUUCCGGCCGUGAUCAUGACUUUGGGAUCUCUGACUCUGCCUGAUACUCCUAACAGUUUAAUUGAAAGGGGACAGCUGGACAAGGCUAAAGCUAUGCUCCAGAGGAUCAGAGGAACGCCCAAUGUCGAAGCAGAGCUUGAGGAUUUGGUGGAAGCUAGCGCUACAUCGAAAAUGGUGGACCAGCCCUUCCGUAAUAUUUUGAAAAGACAGUACAGGCCCCAAUUUGUCAUGGCUCUGCUCAUUCCUUUCUUCCAGCAGUUGACAGGCAUUAAUGUCAUCGCUUUUUACGCCCCUGUUCUGUUCAAGACCAUUGGAUUCAAGUCUGAUGCUGCUCUCAUGUCCGCUGUGAUUCUUGGGGUUGUUAACUUGGUUUCGAUUGUCAUUUCCAUCUUCUUUGUUGACAAGUAUGGGCGGAGAUUUCUCUUUUUACAGGGCGGAAUCCAGAUGGUUAUUUGUCAGAUUAUAAUAUCUGCCAUACUGGGUGUCAAGCUUGGAACAUCAGGAAAUGGAGGACUGCCAAAAGGGUAUGCAGAUUUCAUGGUGGUGGCUAUAUGCCUGUAUGCAGCUGGAUUUGGGUGGUCAUGGGGGCCACUCAGUUGGCUUGUUCCCAGUGAAAUAUUUCCUCUGGAGAUCAGAUCUGCAGGGCAAAGUAUAAAUGUUGCAGUAAACUUGAUUACCACUUUCAUCUUUUCCCAGGUUUUUCUUUCAAUGCUCUGUCACUUCAAAUAUGGGAUAUUUCUCUUCUAUGCUGGGUGGGUUGUAAUUAUGACUCUGUUUGUUUACUUCUUUGUUCCUGAGACUAAAAAUGUGGGCAUGGAAGAGAUGACAAGGGUGUGGGCUGAGCACUGGUUUUGGAGGAGAUGGGCUCCUCCACACCAGCCAAAGACUGCUGAUAUUAACAUUGAUGUUGAAAUGGUAAAUGGGAAACACCAUGAUCAAAAACAGGGUACUCCACAACAAACAUUUCAGUAGAUUCAAUUUGGAUAAGCUUAUAAGCAGAGGUGUAUUAGAUAUUCUGAUCAGGAUUUAGUUUAGAUCAGUUGAUGGUCCUGCUGUUUUGAGGUCUGUUGUGUUCAAGCUCAUGGAUGGCUUGGAAUCUGUUUUAUGGGUGUGUUGAUUUUGUAUUCAAGCAUGAAUUUUGGUAUUUUUGGAUUGUAAAGUGAGUUUGAUAGGAGUAACUUAUUGUUGAUGUGGGAAGAGCUAAGGCUUAUCUAAACAAAUAGUGCAUUAACUUUGAGGCACUUGUAUGUUGUAAAUAUUUGGAAAAUAAUAUUAUAAUUUAUUUAUUUAGCUUUA